UUUCAAUGCGCGCAGUUGUUGGACGAAGCUGAGUCUUAUACACCACCCGCUGCUCUACUGAUCAUGGCUUCACCGAGUUCCUUCACCUGCUACUGCCCUCCAUCUUCCUCUCCUGUCUGGUCAGAGCCGCUGUACUGUCUGAGGCCCGAGCACGCGAGGGAGCGGUUGCAGGACGACUCGGUGGAAACAGUCACGUCCAUAGAACAGGCAAAAGUAGAAGAAAGGAUCCAAGAGGUCUUCAGUGCUUACAAGUUCAACCACCUCGUACCAAGGCUGGUUUUGCACAGGGAGAAGCACUUCCACUACCUGAAAAGAGGCCUUCGACAGCUGACAGAUGCCUAUGAGUGUCUGGAUGCCAGCCGCCCAUGGCUCUGCUACUGGAUCCUGCACAGCUUGGAACUGCUGGAUGAACCCAUCCCCCAGAUGGUGGCGACAGAUGUGUGUCAGUUCCUGGAGCUGUGUCAAAGCCCAGACGGGGGCUUUGGAGGGGGCCCUGGCCAGCACCCACACCUUGCACCCACGUAUGCAGCAGUCAAUGCCCUGUGCAUCAUUGGCACUGAGGAGGCCUAUGACGUCAUUAACAGAGAGAAGCUUCUGCAGUACUUGUAUUCCCUGAAGCAGCCUGACGGCUCUUUCCUCAUGCACGUUGGAGGCGAGGUGGAUGUGAGAAGUGCGUACUGUGCCGCCUCGGUGGCUUCUCUGACCAACAUCAUCACUCCAGACCUCUUUGCGGGCACUGCUGAAUGGAUAGCAAGGUGUCAGAAUUGGGAAGGGGGAAUUGGCGGGGUGCCAGGGAUGGAAGCCCAUGGUGGUUAUACUUUCUGUGGCCUGGCCGCACUGGUCAUCCUCAAGAAGGAACGCUUCUUAAAUUUGAAGAGCUUGUUGCAAUGGGUGACAAGCCGGCAGAUGCGGUUUGAAGGAGGCUUUCAAGGCCGCUGUAACAAGCUGGUGGAUGGCUGCUACUCCUUCUGGCAGGCAGGGCUCCUGCCCCUCCUCCACCGUGCUCUCCAUGCUCAAGGUGACCCUGCGCUCAGCAUGAGCCACUGGAUGUUUCAUCAGCAGGCCCUGCAGGAGUACAUCCUCAUGUGCUGCCAGUGCCCCGCCGGCGGGCUUCUGGAUAAACCUGGCAAGUCGCGGGAUUUCUACCACACCUGCUACUGCCUGAGCGGCCUGUCCAUAGCUCAGCACUUCGGCAGCGGAGCCAUGUUGCACGAUGUGGUCCUGGGUGUACCUGAAAAUGCUCUGCAGCCCACCCACCCUGUGUACAACAUCGGACCGGACAAGGUGAUUCAGGCCACCAUGCACUUUCUGCAGAAGCCGGUCCCCGGCUUCGAGGAGCAUGAUGAUGAGGCAACAGCAGAGCCUUCCACCGACUAGAGGACACAGGGUCCCGAGCCUCUGUGUUCACCGCCGCUCAGACCAAGGUUGAUAUGUUCCGAUACCUGCUGCAUUCUGUGCUGCACAAGCCUUGGCCACCGUGGAGCUGCGAUUUGCCCUUUCUUGUCAAACAGAACAAAACCAAUGACUCUGGGUUUGGAGAAACAGUGGCAUGGUUUUAAAAAAAUUCUUUCCACGCCUGACAAACCAAAAAUCUAUCAGUGCGUGUGGCAUCUAAACCCACUCGGGCCUGGCCAGGGUUGGCUGGGGAACAGUACAUGCUGGGAAGAAGCAGCCCCUCCCCCUCCAGCUCUCCAGCCCGGACAGUUCCAUUGAAAUGAAUGAUGCCCGUGAGUAUGACAGCAUCUACUGCUGCGGUUCCCACUCGCACGCCACCAUUAAGUUGCCAGAAAGGUGCCCUCCCAUGGGCAAAUAAAUAUGCUCCAUGCCAAGGGAGGGCCUUUGGGUCCCACCAAAAUGAAUUUUCCAGAAAAACAAACUGUGGUGGGGCUUCACUAGGCAGAGCCCAAGGCUCUCACCUCCCUCUCCGACAUUGGCAGUGGAGAAGAGCUGGGCUGGGGGAGAGCUGUCUCCUUGAGUUGCCAGUCCGUCCUCUUCCGCACCGGAGAACUGAGCCACACAUCUCUGGAAGGCCAUGCUUGGUGCCCCGGCAGGAUUUGCCUCAGCCCCAGGUGUGGGAGACCAAUUAUGAGUGGAAAAUGGACCUCGAAUUCAACUCUGUGCCAGAGAAGCAGCCCCAGCGUCCACGCCCUCACCCCACCCCAUCAUGUACCGUGAGAAACCCUCUGAUGGCCUCAAGGAGGCGCCUGCAGCCCGUGGCCAAUUCUGCGUGUUUCCAUCUUUUUUUCACCAGAGCCCCAGCCCACCCUCUUCAAAGACAGUGUUAUCGUCUCUCGUCCGGAGUAUUAACACUACUAAGCCUUUCACCUUAAUUUCGGACUCAGGAUUUAUUCACAUUCUGCCCACCCCAGGCUCAGAGAAAUAAAAUCGAAUGCUAGACAGGCUGGCUGCUGCUAAGGCGGCAGCCGCUGGACGGGGCCGUGGCAGGGCGGAGUGCUGCCUGGUGUGUUCAGCCUCUGCUGCUCACACGGAACCCUUUCUUGGUCAGUGGGGUGUCGAGUUGGGUCAUCUGUCCACCACUACAGUCACAGCCAGCUCCUUGUCGCUGAUGGGGCGUUCACAUAGGCAGCCAUGGGCCGUGGGCAAGUGAGAGCUCAGAGAUGCAGCGUGAGGCUCUUCUCAAAAACUCUGGCCAUUUGCUGCCUCUAAUUCCCUAUUGCUUUGGUGUAUUGGACUAUGUAUUACCUCCUUGAAAUAAUA